AUGGUCACCAAGGACGUGCUGGCGCCCACCCUCCCCAGCACGAUCUCCCUGCCCGACGGACUGGCUGAGGCGCCCCUAGGCAUUAGGGAGGGCCCCGGGGCGGCGGACCGCGAGCGGGCCUCCGCCACCCGCUUCCGCCGCUCCUCCACGGCGUCGCCGGCGGAGGGCACGGCGGGGGGGUGGGUGGGCAGUCAGCAGGAGGCCGGCGCGCACCUCGCGCCCAGCGCCGCAUCCUCAGUUUCCAUCGCUGGCGAGCCCAGCUGUCGCCGCGCCAUAGGCUCGGCGGCCUAUUCGUGCUUGACGGGCGUCGACCCCACUCAGUUCUUCACGUCGGCCGCCUUCGGCCUGGGGGUGUUCACAGGAGUUGCGAGCGUGUACUUCGUGAAGGCAGGUCGGAAGGUCAGCCUGUUUUACCAGCCGGAGCCGCUCCCGGCGCCACCGCCGAAGUGGCACGAGCGGGUCCUCCUCGAGCCCGGCUCGGAGACGGCGAUGCAGAAGUGCACGGGCGAGUCCCUGUACAAUGGGGGCAUGGUCUGGUGGGUGCUCACCCCGGACGGGGACGUGUACCCGGAGGAGCUGGCGGCGCCGCCACUGGAGGGUAUCGCGUACUACGACGACGCGGAGGUGCCCCAUCUUCAGCUGCAAGUACGUCCGCUUCCUCCUCCAGUGGCGGCCAACACCCACGGGUUCCGCGCCGACCGCUCAGCUGGACCUCCUACCCCGCUAUUGGUGAUGAGGGCGAUCUCUGACGCUAGGGUGGAGCAACAUGCGCUGGACCCAGAGGCAGGUGCUGUUCGCGAGGGUCCCCCUCCAGCGCCAGCAGCUGGACGUGUCAUCUGGGUGAUCGGGUCCUCGGCCGACGGUGACCCGGAGGCGGAGAAGGAGUACAUCCACGUCCCAGGCGAUAUCACGAUUGGCCUGGGCGCCUACUGGUUGGUCAAGCGAGGAGCCAAGUGUCUGAUACUGCAGGAGGUAUUGCGUCAAGACACGGGUAUGAUCAAGCUGCUCCGAGAUCAGGAGACCGACGCGAGAGUCAUCCCGGUGAAGUGGAGGUCGGCCCAACAGCGUGGCCGCAACUUCCGCGAGGCCGUCUCGCUCCAGGAGUUCCACGACUUCGGCGACUCGCCGUUGCAGGGUGAUGUGAGCCUUCCUUGGCUGCUCACCGAAGUGGCCCAGUCCUCCGAGGGGAUGGUGACGCGCCACCACACAUGGCUGUCAGCCAGCGGCAUCCCGAGCGGCGACCGCAGCAUCCACGAGCAUUUCGUGAUUUCCAAGGUCUUCGACCUCGCGAUCGAGCUGGAUCAAUUGAACACGAUGACUUUGACUUCCUUCGAGCUGCUAGGGCGGCGCCUGCAGCUCAUCGAGCAGGCCCACGUGUACAACCCCAGCAACCCCGACUACAGCAAUUCGGACGACUUCAUGGGCUGGGGCGUCCAGCGUGGCGCCGCCCUGGUGGCGCCGUCUAUCAAGAGGCGGGCCGCCGACGCAGCACGAGAUCGGGCAGCGGUCCUGAAGGAGGGUCGCAAGCUCGAGGAGGAGAUCCGCCUCCGGGGGGUCAUGACCAGCUCGCAGGACCCAGUCGCUCCCUUGGAGACUCCGGCGGCUGGGUUCAAGUAUGAGAAGGGGUCUCGCCUACCUGUACAAGUUCCCCGUGACCUCUUCCCUCUUCCUGAGCUCGAGGUCGAACAUCUUCAAGAUCACAGCGUGAGUCGCUCGGUGCAGCGACGAGUUUUGAAGCGGAGUGCUGUGGACGCCGAGGUCAAUCGUACGAUCAAGGCCCUCAAUGCUCUCGAUGGCCAUUUGACGCCAUCAUCUUCCCCGCCCUCGCUGUGUCAGCGAGAGGCCAUCCAAUUCAUUCGUUCAGUGCAUGACGCAGCCGAGCCGCCGCAAGGUGACUACGGCUCCGAGGGAGCCGUCCGCGCGCUCCUCGGGACAGACUCCGCGCACGGUGGCGAGUCGACCUUGGUACAGUCCUACGACCGGAACCUUCUCAGCAUCCCACACGUGGGGGCGGAGCCCGUCCCCGUCAAGGAGAUGCUGCCGCCGAAGGUUCGCUGUUGUCUCGAGGACCUGAACAACAUUCUGCUCGAUGAUCAAGAGUGGGGCGCCGUGUGUGAACGGGCGGAUCCCAUCAAGCUCUACAUGGAUCCGAAGCUUCGCUACUCCAAGAAGGCCUAUUUUCAGUUUGUCCGAGACUGUCACUCGGCCGGCCUUAUCCGCUGGGCGCCUCUGGUACGUGGGCGAGUCACGGUCUUCUGUGUGGCCAAGAAGACGGGCAAGCAGAGGCUCGUGGUGGACUGCCGUGCCACCAACAGGCGCUUCCGGCGGUGCCCUUACUUGCCUAUGGGUACCGGGUCGAGCUGGGGAGAGAUUCUCCUGGAGGACGACGCAGACCUCUGGGUGAGCCUGUCGGACAUCAAGGACUACUUCUACGCCUGCGGCAUCGACGAUGACCUCUCCAGCUACUUUUGCCUCGACGACGUCCCAGGUUGGCUCGUCUCCGAGCUGGAGGGCAACGACAGCCGCUUCAGCCAUUUUUACGGGCGCGACGCCGUUGCGCCCGCCUUCCGAGUGCUUCCCAUGGGAUUCAGCUGGAGCUUCUAUCUGGCACAGAUCGUCCACUCCUCCGUCGUCAAGGGGGUGCUCCCGGACACGGCUGGAUUGGUACUUCAGGAUCGCCGGCCUGGCCCGACGAUCGGCGCCCGCGGCCUCGUGUCUUUGCCUUGCUGCGACAACCACGCCACCGGGGCGGGCUCCCCGGAGCUUGCCGACGGCGCCCGCAUCGCAGUGGCUCGCCAGCUCACGGCCGACGGCUUCGCAGCACACGAGGAGGAGGACGCCUCCCUCUGGGCCGAGAGCCUCGGCUUCGCCAUCGACGGCUUGACUGGCGAGGUGGGGCCCACCGCCAAGAGGGCGACCCGCCUGGCCGCCGCGGGCCGAUGGCUUGCGCGCCGCCCCAGGAUCACAGGCGCGAUGCUUGAGCGCUUCCUGGGGCAUUGCACUUUUCAGCUCAUGGGCGAGCGCUCGCUGCUGAGCAUCUUUGGUGCGUGCUAUCGCUUUGUCAGGGUGCAUUAUAAGCAGAAGGUCCGCUUGUGGCAGUCAGCCACGCGGGAGUGCGAGUGGCUGUCAGCUCUAGUCCGUUUUGCUCGCACCAACCUGCGUCGGCCGUGGAGCCCCACGGCCCACAUGUUCGACUCGUCGGAGACAGGCCUUGGGAUCGUCCAGGGCGUUUUCGACGAGAAGCUCAUCGCCGGCACUGGCCAGUACAACGAGCGGUGGCGUUUCAAGCAGCCUCAUGCGCUCGCGAGGGGCGUGCGUGCGGGAGCUCUCUGGCACUUCCGAGAUGUGAUCGAAAAUGCUGAAACAGUACUCCCUAUCGCACCGCCGCCCCCUCGCCCCUGGAAGAGAAGGCGCGGGUUCCCGGAGGUCCCCACAAAGAUGCUCGAGAAGGACUCCUGGCACACCAUCCUGUCAAAGCCCUGGUUUCGGGACGAGCACAUCACCCUGCUGGAGGCCCGUACUGGGAGAUUGGUUUGCAAGUCUCUUGGGAGGUCUGUUGGGAACCGCAACAAGAAGCACCUCAUCCUCGGGGACUCCAUGGGCUCCAUCUUGGCCUUCUCCAAGGGGCGCAGUCUGCUGCAGCCGCCGAGGGACCACCCGUCGGCGCAGCGGAGUCGCCGUCUGCGGGAGGACCGUGCCAAGGUUCGGAGGGCGAGGCACGCUGUCCCAGCGGGGGGUGUGACUCCCGGGCCGCUCCUGCUCAAGAGGGACCCUCACCAGCUCAGUAUCUUGGAGCAGGCGUCGGUUCAGCCCCAGCAGGCGGCCACAUACAGAGCGACCUACGCCGAGUUCGCCAAGUGGGCCGCGAACGAGGGCAUCUCCUUGCACUCGGACGAGGACGUGGACGCGGCGGCGGUCGACUACCUGGAUGCGAUCUACCUGCAGGGCUACGAGGCGUCGUCGGGGGACAAGCUCCUCGGGGCCCUCAAGUUCAUGAGGAGCGGAGGCCCUCGCCCUCUAGCCCUGCCUCUGACGCGGAUGAGGAGGGCGUUGAGGGGCUUCCGCAAGGCCGCCCCCGGCGCCUCUCGCUUUGGGCUGCCUUGGGAAUGGACGGCCGCCAUAGCGGGGACCUUGCUGGCCACGAAGCGGCGGGAUGCGGCCCUCUGCUUGCUGACGGCCCACGAUACAUAUUCCCGACCUGGGGAGAUUACAGACCUUCAGGUUGGGGAUGUGGUGCUGCCUGCGCCCCGCCUCCGGGGCUACCACCGCCUCUGCCUGGUCAUACGGCCGGAGGAGAGGGGGCAGCCGCGCAAGACGGGGAGCUUCGACGACACGGUCUCGGUCGAGGACCUGGACGCGCACAUCUCAUCCCACCUGGUGCAGUUGGCGAAGGGGCGGGACCCGAGCGAGAAGCUGUUCCGCCUGUCAAUCAGCCAGUACAAGGAGGCGUUCGAGAACGCCGCCGACCUCGUCGGGCUGGCCGCCGAGCAGCUCUGCACGUACCAGGUGAGGCACGGAGGUGCGUCGAGGGAUGCCAUGCUGAGGAGGCGCGACCUCUCCGAGAUCCAGAAGCGCGGGGGCUGGAAGACGUUCAACUCCGUCAGACGCUACGAAAAGUUUGGGAAGGUGCAGCAGGCGAUGAACCGCACACCGUCGGACACCCUGACCUACAGCCGCCUCGCCGUGCAGUGCCUCGACGAGUGGCUCCAUGGCGAUGCGGACGGCGGCCUGCCGCGGGACCGGGGACCGGCAGCGCUCACCCCCGGGAGCCUGCAGGUGAGCGGCACGAUGCGGCUCGGCACCUGCCGAGCGCGCUCCGUGGCAGACGCCCCAGCCGCGAGGGCGCGAGAGGACGCCACCAUGAUCAGGUCAACUCUCGUAGCCGACGUCGUGGGGCUCCUUCCCGAGGACUCCUCAACGCACCUCCAGGGCAGCUGCAGCAGCCGCCAGGCUCAGCGGCAAGAGCGCCCCCGCCACCACCGACGCCAUGGCGAGGCUCCCAGCCACGGCGGGGAAGAAGCGAAGGAGGAGGAGCAGGAGGAGGAGGAGGAGGAAAGAGCGAAGAGGGCACGAUUAGAAACGUGA